GUGCACUACAUACUUAGUAGGUUACUGUAUUGGCUAACCAUAGAUGCUCAACGAAAAUAUGGCAAAAAACAGCUUACCAGCAAGAAAUCGUCAGAUCGAACAACUGACAAAUCUGUUUGGAGAGAAGCACCAUCAUACGGUCGAAUCCUUGUAUAUAUAUGGCCAUACAGGGAGUGGAAAAUCAUGUGUUCUUAACCAUGUACUAGUGGGCAAUGAUCUUUUUCAUGUAGUUGUUAAUUGCAUUGAAUGCUACACAACCAAUUUGCUAUUCAGCACUAUUCUUGAGGCACUGUCUUUUGAAGAAGGAAGGAUUAGGUGUGACAAUAUGAACGAUUUUGUAAGGUGUCUCAGGAAAAUAGUUGAAGAAAGAGAGGUGGAAGAAACUCUGUAUAUUGUGUUUGAAAACUGUGAGAGAUUAAGAGAUAAAGAUCCAAUUCUACUACCAGCACUGUUGAAUUUAAAAGAGCUAACAGGUUUAAACUUAUGUGCUAUUUUUGUCAGCGAAUUGCCAUGGGAAAAGUUCUAUAAUGGGACAGCCAUACGGGAUCCGUAUGUGAUGUUUUUUCCGGAUUAUUCUAAAGAUGAAUUAGUGGAAGUUCUUUGCCAUCUCAGACCACAGGAGACCGACUUGGAGUUUUACAAGCAAUAUGUGGGUCUUGUCCUAUCCAUGUUCUUUUUCGCGUUUCGGGAUCUGAGAGAGCUGAGACACCUAGUGGAGAUUAAUUUCUCAUUCUAUGAGCAGCCAAUUGUAGAUGGUAAACUGACGAAAGAUGACAAACAUAAACUAUGGAAAAAUAUUGAACCCCAUCUUACUAGUUCCUUACAGAAGCUGCUUAUGAGAGAAGCAUGUAACGGUAGACAAAGUAACGAACCUGAAUUAACAGAAUCGAUCAAAGCAUACGACCUUAGCAAAGGCAACACUGUAAAGUCACAAAAUUUAGUUGAGCUGCCUUUUUAUUCCAAGUUUCUUCUAAUAUCUUCGUACAUUGCAUCUUACAAUCCCUCUUCAACUGAUCGCAGGUUUUUUCUAAAACAUGCAGGAAGAAUGAGGAAAACAGCAAGAUCUAUGAAAAAAGAUGACCAUAAGAACUGCCACCUUAGAGGACCACACAGCUUCCCACUUGACAGAAUGAUGGCAAUAUUUUACUCCAUCGUAGAUGAAGUAGUUCCGCCAAGCGCUGGAUUAUUUUCCCAAAUUUCCUCUUUGGUAUCUUUACAUCUUCUGGCUCAGCUUGGUCAAGAUCAGCUUGAUAUGCCCAAGUACAAAUGCACUGUUUCUUUAGAUUUUAUUACUGCCAUUUCGAAAACAGUCAAUUUUGAUGUAAUUCGAUACUUAUAUGACUUUGUUUAAAUUGCGAUUUUCAAGUUCUUUAUCAACCGACAACAUGUUCUAUACUGGAGACGUCAUAAUUUUUCAAAUUCAUGUUUUUGAACAAUUUUCUUGCCACAUAG